AAACUGAUCACAUUUUAUCCAAUAACCCAGACAAACAAUGAGCACCAACACAAGUCUUCUCCACUCCAAGCUCACAACCCACCAUCUCCCAUUAAUCACAGCAUCCUCAUCUUCCUCACAUCAAAAUCAUGUAAGCACCAGGAGAAACAUGGUCGCGAAGAUUUUGGCUGCAACUGCUAUGGCUGUUGGGUUUCAGGGAGGCGCACCAUUGGCACUACUGGCUCACAAUUGGGGCACGAGGUCCUUCAUCUGGGAGCGAUUCUUCCAGCCAGGGCUGUCGCCGGAGGACGCGGUGGAGAGAAUCAAGCAGACGGCGGAGGGACUCCACAGCAUUAGGGAGAUGGUGGAAAACAUGUCGUGGAGGUAUGUAAUCUUUUACAUUCGCUUGAAAUCUGCUUAUCUUUCUCAGGAUUUGAAGAACGCUUUGUCUACGUUGCCUGAGAAUCGUCGCAAGGAGUACGUAGAAACCGCCAAUGAGUUGGUUGAUAACAUGGCCGAGUUUGAUUAUUAUGUUCGGACACCAAAAGUGUACGAGUCAUAUAUAUACUAUGAGAAGACAUUGAAAUCAAUUGAUGAUCUUGUGGCCUUAUUAGCCUAAUUAGCCGACUAUAAUUCAAACCGCAUUUUGCUGUAAUCUUCUUCUUUAUCGAUUCAGUAUCACUUUUAAGCAAAUAGGUAUAUCUAUAUAUAUGUUUUUUUUUUAUUUUGUUUA